GAAGACGUGGCGGAGGAACUGAUUCAAGACAUCACUCUUCGGCUGUUUUACCUGCAGGUGAAGAAUGGGAUACUGAGUGAUGAGAUCUACUGUCCGCCGGAGACGUCGGUGCUGUUGUCGUCAUAUGCAGUUCAGGCCAAAUAUGGCGACUAUAACGCGGAAACCCAUAAAGAGGACGGCCUUCAAAACGAUCGCCUUUUGCCGCAACGAGUCUCAGAUCAGCACAAACUGUCUCGAGAACAGUGGGAGGAGAGGAUCACCAACUGGUGGUCCGAACACAAGGGAAUGCCUCGCGAGGACGCGAUGAUGGAGUACUUGAAGAUCGCUCAGGACCUGGAGAUGUAUGGCGUAAACUAUUUCGAGAUUAAGAACAAAAAGGGAACCGAUCUGUGGUUAGGUGUGGACGCCUUGGGUCUCAAUAUAUACGAAAAGGAGGACAAACUGACGCCAAAGAUAGGCUUCCCGUGGAGUGAAAUCAGGAACAUAUCGUUCAAUGACAAGCGCUUUGUAAUCAAACCGAUCGACAAGAAAGCGCCGGACUUUGUGUUUAUCGCUCCGCGUUUGCGGAUAAAUAAGCGAAUUCUGGCGCUCUGUAUGGGUAACCACGAGCUGUAUAUGAGGCGCCGUAAGCCCGACACCAUUGAAGUGCAACAAAUGAAAGCACAGGCGCGGGAGGAGAAGAUCGCCAAACAGCAGGAGAGAGACAAACUGCGCAAAGAGAUUGAGGCCAGAGAACAGGCGGAGAAGAAACAACAGGAAUACGCCGAUCGACUCAAACAAAUGCAGGACGAGAUGGAGAAGCGCCAGAAGGAACUGCUCGACGCCCAGGAGACCAUCCGCCGGCUCGAGGAACAGCUCAGACAACUCCAGAUGGCGAAGGAGGAGAUGGAGAGGAAGCAGAAGGAGUUGGAAGAGCUGAUGAAGAAGUUGGAGGAGACGAAGAUGAUGGAGACCGCGGAGAGGGAGAAGUUGGAGGAAGACAUUCGUCGCAAACAGGAAGAGGUGCAG